CUCAAUAGUGUCUGUACACCUUUUACCGUCCAUUAGGAAUAAAACCAGUGUAAACUAGAGAUCAGCUAACGAAUUCGCGAAGCCGACCCUACGCUUCAACGAGUGGAAUUUCCUGUAGUGAAUAGCUUCAAUCGGAUAUCAAUCCAAAUCGUUAAAAUGGUGUCUGCGGAAACAAUCGGUUCUAUUUUCAUAAAGGUGUUUAAAGUGAUCAUUAACAUUGUUGUACUGAUCAUCUAUCGAACGGGAUAUGGAGGAGACUUUCUUGGAAUUGGUGGCACAUGGAACCUGAACGAGGAAAAAAGCCCAGAUGCAGAAAUUGUUGCGUCCGGAGUGUUUGUCGGCUUUAUUAUUUACACCGGCGUUCAAUUGAUCACAUUCGGAUUCGGUACCACCAAGCACAAGUAUGAGCUUUCUGAUACUAUCAUGAAUGUGGUAGGAACAUUCAUGUGGGUAGCUGUCGGUGGAACGGCCCUUCACUAUUGGCAUGGUUACCUGGCAGAGCAUGAUUUUGAAAACAUUACGUCUGAGCGAACGGCUGGACUGGCUCUAGGGGCACUGUGUGUUAUUAACGGUGCCCUCUAUCUCGCUGACACUGUACUUGCCUUUAUUCACUACACUAAAUACGCAUAAUUAACACCAAAUUCAUGAAUGAAUAUUGCCGACAUUGUUUAGAUUCUAGUUCUAGUUCACGUACAGUAAGCGAGACUAAGGUUUAAUUUUAAUCUUCAUUUUAAUGAUUGUCCUUUGUAAUAUAACGGAGGAUUAGAAAAGUCAACAUGCGCAGAACUCAACCCAUCGCACAAUAUUUAACCAACGCUAUAGUGCUAUAUAAUCUACUAUUUCAGCCUCUGUCCAAUAAUGUUCAAUAAUGGUUCUUCAAUGGUCGUUAUGUUCAGCUCGUUCUACGGACCAAUGCCGUAUAAAAACAUUUUUUGCCAUUGAUACAUCAAUAAAAUAAAAAGAAACCAAUCCAUAACAUCAAUGAGUAUUGCAAUGAAUGCAAU